AGUUCAGUCGUUGACUUGACAAUUUUUUUUUUUUAAUUGCAUCAGUCAGACAUUUUCAAAUGCACAGAUGUGCGAUGCAUAUGACGUCACAGAGCUUCGGAAGACCCCCCCGCGCAUGUAGAACAAGGAGGGGUGUGUUUUUUUUCUUUUAGGUUUUCCGACAAAAAUGUGCCCAGGUGUCAUUCAAUCAUCUGAAUCUGAAGUCGUAGGGAUCGUUCACAUCAAGGGUUGAGUGUCUCUCGCUGACACCUGAAGGCGCUGCGCACGAUGCCGCAUGCGGGAGGAGGAGGUGCGGCAGAAGCAGAAUAGGAAGGCGAGGAGAGAGCGCUGCUGUUGCGUCAAAAGUCACCGCGGCCAGUCGGUGUUGUGUGGUCGCAAACGGGAGCGUCGGCGCUGCUGCAUUCCGCGCAAUUCCGCCGUUCUCUUCACUCGCAAAGCUGUCGGGAAAACUUUUGGGGAUUUGUUCGAGUUGCAUGAGAGGAGCAAAGCGAGGGAAUGGAGAAGCACAAAGUGCUGGACCAGCUCCUGAUGGAGCUCCACCGAUUCCUGCACAUCCUGGACAAGGAGGCCCUGAGUGGGAACGCCACCGUCCAGAAGGGCUUGCUCUCCGAUCUCCUGCAGUCCUACAGAGCAUCCAAUGGUGCUGAUGAAGAGUACAUCUACAUGAACAAAGUCAUUGUUACUGAUGACAGAUCGGAUGCCCUGGUCAACGGAAAAGGAGCAAAAAAUGUCCCCGUACCACAGAAGAGCCUCCCCAACCUGCCGCCCCCCAGAGCAGGUGCGAUGUGUCGGGAGCCGUUCCCUUUGCCCGCUCUGCCCGCUCCGGCCUGCACAGACACUUCAGAGAGUUACUACGAGGAGGCUCAGCCCUACGAGGAAACUUUCAAUGAUCUGGACUGUUUUGGCCACUUCUCAGGGCCCUGGAUUCGGGUACAGAGCUCUGACAGUGUGGUCUAUGCUGUUAUCAACAGGGAUGACGGGGAUGCCGUGAGCAGCUCGUACGAGUCCUACGACGAGGAGGAAGUGACCAGGGAAAAGUCCCCGUCGGCGCAGCACCAGUGGCCCUCAGCCGAGGCCUCCAUUGAGCUCAUGAAGGACGCUCAUAUCUGUGCCUUCCUGUGGAGGAAGAAGUGGCUGGGCCAGUGGGCCAAGCAGCUGUGUGUCAUCAAGGACCAUCGCCUGCUGUGCUACAAGAGCUCCAAGGAGCAGACGCCUCUGCUGGACGUGAGCCUGCUGGGCUGCAGCGUGGUCUACAAGGAGAAGCAGCUGAAGAAGAAGGAGCACAAGCUGAAGGUCAUUCCGGUGGGAGGGGAGGCCAUCGUGCUGGGCCUGCAGAGCAAGGAGCAGACGGAGCAGUGGCUGAAGGUGAUUCAGGAGAUCAGCCCCAAGCCGGCGGAAAACUGUGACCCGCAGCACUCGGCGUCCGACUCCCCGAGGCUCAUUUGUACAAAGGGAGAACUUAGUGAGAGAUACUCGGUGGCCUCAGAAAGCGGCAGCAGCACCGACAGCCACGCGGAGGCUCCCGAAAACAAAGAAGUUAAGAAAAAGUAUGGUGCCGGGUUAAAGUUUAGCAACCUAAUGAACAUCGGCAAGAAAAAACCCUCCUCGUUGGAGAUUCCAGGGAAGUGUGUGGACACCUCAGGCUACCUCAACGUGUUGGUGAACAGCCAAUGGCGGACCUGCUGGUGCCUCAUAAAGAACGGACAGCUGUGGUUCUACCAGGACAAGGGCAAGAACAAAUUGAGCCAGCCAGCCGUGCCCCUGGGGGGCUGCAGCGUUCUGCCCGACCCCAGCCCCGAGCACCUGUACUCCUUCAGGAUCAACAUGGAGGGGACGCAGCUGGCGACCCUCGAGGCCAAGACGUCGGCGGACAUGGGCCACUGGCUGGGCCUCCUGCUGUCACAGACGGGGAGCAAGACGGACCCCGAGGAACUCACAUACGACUAUGUCAACGCUGAGAGGAUCUCGAGCAUCGUUAAUGCUGCCAAGACUUCCCUAUACUUCAUGCAGAGGAGGUAUUCAGAGCCAAACACCUACAUAGACGCCCCGCCCUCCAUCGCCCACAACUCUGAAGAGCUGUAUGACGACGUGGCAUCUAUAGCUGAUCCAGAGGACGCUGAAGAGAGCAGCCUGGCGGACAGUGAGGACAACAAUCCUCAGGAGCAGAAUGGACCGUGCGCACGGGACACCAAGGACCCGGAGGGAGCAGAGCAGGACACCGAUGCCCGGGUGUACCUGGGCCUCAUCCCUCUACGCUCCUUCCUCCAUACGCCCGGGGCGAGUAAAGCCCCUUCCACAGAACUCGAGAGCGAUUCCCCAGUCCCACCAGAGGAGGAGAAGGACCCCUCACCUCAAAUUAAAGAGGUCAUUAACACCGACUGUAUUGAGUCGACACCUGUGUCAAAUGGGACAUGUCCGCACUCCCGCAAACCAGAACAAGAGCCCCCAGUGACUCCCGCUCAACCACAGCCCCCAACCCAAGCGGUCAAGACCUUACCCCAAAGCCAGGAGACCCCCAAGAGGACGAGUGUGGGGAUCCCACAGGCUUUCUGCUCCUCCGGGCCCCAGAUCAAUAAAGGCCUCCCGGUUUCUGCCGGGCUCACUCAAAGUCCUCAUCCCCUGCGGCCAAAGGCGCACACCAUGGGGUCUCCCGGCGCGGUCGAAGUGAAACUAGGCAAGAACCGCACAGAGGCCGACGUCCGCCGCUACAUCGACGAGCGCGAGCGCCUGGAGAGAGAGAGGGAGGAGGUGAGGGCCAUUCUGGCAAACCUGAAGAGGGAGAAGAGGGAGACCAAAGAGGAGCUCGGCGCCUGCCAAGACCCCGAGCAGCAGACCUCGUUAGAAGCCUUUCUGAGGCAGAAGGAGGAGGCGUGUCGCGACGCCGAGCGCCGCAGGGUGGAGGUGGAGCUGCGGCUCGUGGAGGUGAAGGAGAGCCUGAAGAAGGUGGAGUCGGGGGCCUUCACACUGGGGACCACGCUGGACAGCAGCCUCCAGGACUCACCGGCGCAUAAAGCAGCAACCCUGCCUGCUCCCCAGAUGUCCUCCUCCUCGUCAUCAUCAUCAUCAUCCCCCCAACCCCACAACAGCAACGUCAGUGCCGACCCAGUCAACUCUGCGUCUGCGCUAAAGAACAGACCCGUUUCCAUCAUGGCCACCAAAGGCAAAGUCCUGCAGAAAGCUAUGGAGUGGGAGAAGAAGUCCACCUCGUAGAGGGAACGCUGGAUGACCUUUGACCCUUCACAUCCACUUAUUUCUCUUGGUGUGGUCGGGUGUCCACAACGGGAACCCUCCAGACAGACGAGUCAACGUUCUCCCUGCUCAGACAAUAAAAAAGGCCGAUCAGAGAGAUGCACAAGCCGUCUUCUCAAACGCCAGUGGAUAAUCGUAGUUGUUUUUCUCAGUUUGCAAAGGAUGGACGUUGAUGUAGUAGCAUUUUGGUCGGCCUAACAAUUGAUCUUAAAGAUCCUGAUGAAAGAAAGACACCCCUCAACUAAAUUUUGUACAAUCCAGAUUGUAGCUUGGUUCUAUAUGCUGGUAGCCAACAUGUAAAUAUAUUUACACCAUCAUUUGGUUGUAUCGUUAGCUAAAAAUGCACUUUUUAUUCAAAUAAAAUUGUUCUGACAACAAUACUGGCUCGAAAAUAGUU